AUGGACGUGGACGUGGUCGUAGACGUGGACGUGGACGUAGACGUGGACCUGGACGUGGUCGUGGACGUGGACGUGGACGUGGACGUAGACGUAGACGUGGACGUGGACGUGGACGUGGUGGUGGACGUGAACGUGGUCGUGGACGUGGACGUGGUCGUGGACGUGGUCGUGGACGUGGUCGUAGACGUGGACGUGGUCGACGUGGACGUGGUCGUGGACGUGGACGUGGACGUGGACGUGGACGUGGAGGUGGACGUGGUCGUGGACGUGGACGUGGACGUGGUCGUGGACGUGGACGUGGACGUGGUCGUGGACGUGGACGUUGACAUGGACGUGGACGUGGUCGUGGACGUGGACGUGGACGUGGACGUGACCGUGGACGUGGACCUAGACGUGGACUUCGAUGUGGACGUGGACGUGGACGUGGUCGUGGACGUGGACGUGGACAUGGACGUGGUCGUGGACGUGGACGUGGACGUGGAGUGGACGUGGACGUGGAGGACCUGGACGUGGACGUGGACUUGGACGUGGAGUUGGACGUGGACAUGGACGGACGUGGACCUGGACGUGGACGUGGACGUGGAAGUGGACUUGGACGUGGACGUGGACGCGGACUUGGAUGUGGACGUGGACGUGGACGUGGACAUGGACGUGGAGGUGGACCUGGACGUGGUCGUGGACGUGGACGUGGACGUGGACGUGGACGUGGACGUGGUCGUGGACGUGGACGUGGACGUGGUCGUGGACGUCAACGUGGACGUGGACAUGGUGGACAUGGACGCGGUCGUGGACGCGGUCGUGGACGUGGACGUGGACGUGGUCGUGGUCGUGGACGUGGACGUGGACGUGGACGUGGACAUGGACGUGGUGGACGUUGACGUGGUGGACGUUGACGUGGACGUGGACGUGGACGUGGACGUAAACGUGGACGUGGACCUUGACCUGGACCUGGACGUGGACGUGGACGUGGUCGUAGACGUGGACGUCGACGUGGACGUGGUGGACGUGGACGUAGACGUUGACGUGGACGUGGACGUGGUCUUGGACGUGGACGUGGACGUGGACGAGGUCGUCGACGUCGACGUGGUCGUGGACGUAUACGUGGACGUGGACGUGGUCGUGGUCGUGGACGUGGACGUGGUAGUGGACGUGGACGUGGACGUGGUCGUGGACGUGGAAGUGGACGUGGACGUGGUGGACGUGGACGUGGACGUGGUCGUGGACGUGGACGUGGUCGUGGACGUGGACGUGGUCGUGGAUGUGGACGUGGUCGUGGACGUGGACGUGGUCGUGGACGUGGACGUGGACGUGGUCGUGGACGUGGUCGUGGACCUGGACGUGGACGUGGACGUGGACGUGGAAGUGGACGUGGUGGACGUGAACGUGGCGUGGACACGUGGACGUGGCGUGGACGUGGUCCUGGACGUGGAUGUGGACGUGGUCGUGGGCGUGGAUGUGGACGUGGACGCGGACGUGGACGUGGACGCGGACGUGGACGCGGACGUGGACGUGGACGUGGUCGUGGACGCGGACGUUGAUGUGGAUGUGGUGGUGGAAGUAGACGUGGACGUGGACGUGGACGUGGACGUGGACGUGGGCGUGGACGUGGUCGUGGACGUGGACGUGGACGUAGUCGUGGACGUGGACGUGGUAGUGGAUGUGGACGUGGACGUGGACGUGGUCGUGGACGUGGACGUGGACGUGGACGUGGACGUGGCAGACGUGGACGUGGACGUGGACGUGGACGUGGGCGUGGACGUGGGCGUGGACGUAGACGUGGACGUGGACCUCAACGUGGACGUGGACGUGGUCGUGGACGUGGACGUGGACGUGGACGUGGACGUGGACGUGGUGGACGUGGACGUGGCGUGGACGUGGUCCUGGACGUGGAUGUGGACGUGUCGACGUGGACGUGGACUGGAUGUGGACGUGGACGUGGACGUGGUCGUGGACGUGGACGUGGUAGUGGACGUGGACGUGGACGUGGUCGUGGACGUGGACGUGGACGUGGUCGUGGACGUGGACGUGGUCGUGGACGUGGUCGUGGACGUGGACGUGGACGUGGUCGUCGACGUCGACGUGGUCGUGGAUGUGGACGUGGACGUGGACGUGGUCGUGGACGUGGACGUGGUAGUAGACGUGGACGUGGACGUGGACGUGGAAGUGGACGUGGACGUGGACGUGGUCGUGGACGUGGACGUGGACGUGGUCGUGGACGUGGACGUGGUCGUGGACGUGGUCGUGGACGUGGACGUGGACGUGGUCGUGGACGUGGACGUGGUCGUCGACCCGGACGUGGACGUGGUCGUGGACGUGGACGUGGACGUGGACGUGGAUGUAGACGUUGACGUGGACGUGGACGUGGACGUGGACGUGGUGGACGUGGACGCGGACGUGGACGUGGACGUGGUCGUGGACGUGGACGUGGACGUGGUGGUGGACGUGGACGAGGACGUGGACGUCGACGUGGACGUGGUCGUGGACGUGGACGUGGACGUGGUCGUGGACGUGGUCGUGGACGUGGUCGUGGUCGUGGACGUGGACGUUGUCGUGGACGUGGACGUGGUCGUGGACGUGGUCGUGGAUGUGGACGUGGACGUGGACGUGGACGUGGACGUGGUCGUGGACGUGGUCGUGGACCAGGUCGUGGACGUGGACGUGGACGUGGUCGUGGACGUGGACGUGGACGUGGACGUGGUCGUGGACGUGGACGUGGACGUGGUCGUGGACGUGGACGUGGACGUGGUCGUGGACGUGGACGUGGUGGACGUGGACGUGGUCGUGGACGUGGACGUGGACGUGGACGUGGUCGUGGACGUGAAUGUGGACGUGGACGUGGUCGUGGACGUGGACGUGGUCGUGUUUGUUGACGUGGUCGCGGACGUGGACGUGGUCGUGGACGAGAUCGUGGACGUGGACGUGGACGUGGUGGACGUGGUCGUGGAGGUGGACGUGGUGGACGUGGUCGUGGAGGUGGACGUGGACGUGGUCGUGGACGUGGACGUGGACAUGGUCGUGGACGUGGACGUGGACGUUGUCGUGGACGUGGACGUGGACGUGGACCUGGACGUGGACGUGGACGUGGCAGACGUGGACGGGGACGAGGACGUGGACGUGGGCGUGGAGGUGGGCGUGGACGUGGACGUGGACGUGGACGUGGACCUGGACGUGGACGUGGACGUGGACGUUGUCAACGGGAGACCAGGCAAGCUCCAGGACGAGGCAAGCUCUUGGACCAGGAAAGCUUCUGGACCAGGCAAGCUGCUGGACCAAGCAAGCUCCUGGACCAAGCAAGCUCAUGGACCAGGCAAGCUCAUGGACCAAGCACGCUCCUUGAACAGGCAAGCUACUGGACCAGGUUAG